AUGAGUUCCGAUGAUUUAUCAGAUGUGGCUUGGGAUAAGACGGACCUUCCAGCUACCAUGAGCAGGGGUCAGCUGGAAGGUGUAAACACAGUCAUGCUAGCUUUGACCUCGUUAGUCUUUGUCGCACGCGUUCUUAUUCGCGUUACCAAGCGGAACUUCGAGAUGCACGACUUCUUCUGCUAUCUCUCCUACAUAUGCUACCUUGCAAUGUGGGUCAUGUAUCUCAAGGAGAAUGGCCCACUGUACCGUGCCGAGGGUAUGCAGAGAGGCGAGAUCCCACCUUAUCCAGAUAUUCUGAUGUUCCUCCCAUUUCGCAUGACUUGGAAUCUCCAGAUGCCAAGAACACAGAAGCUUGGUGUUUUCGUACUCUUUGGCAGUGGCUGGAUAUGCGUUUUGUUCGCCACUCUCCGUGUGGUUCAGGUAGGGGUCAAAGAUGGAGUGCCAAAGUCCCCAGAUCCGAAGUGGCUGCAGAUGUGGACUGUCAUCGAGACUUCGAUGGGUACGUUCUUCCCCCUCCAAUCUGUGUUGCAUAGCCCCCGUUUUGGCACACAGAAUGCCGUAUACGAACGAACAACAUACAACGUCAAGAUGAAAAGCGUAAGAAGUGGUAGUACUGGUCAACGAAAGCGCAAGAAUGACUCACUCUACACUGAUACUCACGGCAGUGAAGAGGUAUUAGCACACUACGGCGGACACAUUACCGUUCCCACAGAAGUACACUAG